AUGGGACACUAUGCCUUUCUUGGGGCCGUCAACAAACAGUUGAGGCGGCUCUAUCAGGAGUAUUGUGCCACCGUGGAGAAUCAACCAAAGAAGGUCACUAAAUAUUUUGUGGAGCUCCCAAUAACUGGUACUGAUACUUGCUUCAGUGCUACCUUUCACGACGAGUCGUGUGCUCAAUACUACUACCAGCAUCUGGCUAUGGAUGCCGGGCAUCAAAUUCCUCUCAAAAUGGUGUGUGUCCAAAUUGCUAGACUGGGGAAUCCGUCAGUUCUUCAGUGGGCCCAUCAACAAGGAUUUCCAUGGAGCGAAAAAGUCUGUGAAACUGCAGCGAAACAUGGACAUUUGGAAAUUCUGAAAUUUGCCCAUGAAAAUGGCUGUCCAUGGAAUGCCAGAACAUGCUCUGCCGCUGCUGCCAGUGGUCAUUUUGAUAUCCUGAAAUGGGCCAGAGAAAAUAACUGUCCUUGGAGCAAUCUCACAUGUGCCAAAGCUGCUCGGGGUGGGCAUUUUGAAUUGUUAAAAUGGGCCAGAGAAAAUGGUUGCACAUGGGACGAUGGGACCUGCUCGGAGGCUGCAGAAGGUGGGCAUUUGGACAUUCUCAAGUGGGCUAGAGCUAAGGGCCCUGCCCUUGGGAUGAGGAAUGGACAUUUUGAAAUUGUCAAGUGGGCCCAUGAAAAUGGUUGCCCUUGGGAUGAGGCUACUUGCUAUUAUGCAGCGGAAGGUGGGCAUUUGGAAAUUCUGAUGUGGGCCCAUGAAAAUGGCUGCCCUUGGAAUGAACUCACUUGUUCCAGAGCAGCCAAGCGUGGGAAAUUGGAAGUCGUAAAGUGGGCCAGAGAGAAUGGAUGCCCAUGGGACGAAGAUACUUGUUCCUCUGCCGCGGAUGGUGGGCAUAUGGAAACUCUGAUGUGGGCCCAUGACAAUGGUUGUCCAUGGAAUGAAGACACAUGUGCAAGGGCUGCUGAAAGUGGACAUUUGGGCAUUCUAAAGUGGGCCCGUGCAAACAGGUGCCCAUGGGAUGGAAGAACAUUUGAUGAAGCUGCUGCCAAUGGACAUUUUGGAAUUCUCAGGUGGGCUCAUGAAAACGGGUGUCCUUGGGGUGCACGAUCACGAUUGUGCUCUGAUGCUGCUUUUCAUGGUUAUCUUGGAUUCCUCAAGUGGGCUCGCAAGAAUGGCUGUCCAUGGGAUUCAAGGACAUGCCGAGAGGCUGCCAGUGGAGGUCAUCUCAAAAUCCUGCAGUGGUCUCAUGAAAACGGGUGUAGUUGGAAUGAAGAGACGUGCGCUGAAGUAGCAGCAAAAGGCUGGUUGGAUGUUUUGAUGUGGGUUCGUGCGAAUGGUUGCCCUUGGGAUAGUCGGACCAUCCAAAGGGCCCGAAAUGCAGGACAUGAAGAUGUGUUGGAAUGGGCCCUUGCCGAUGGCUGCCCCCCAAAUCAGGCCAAUUUCCUCUAG